AGGAGGAGGAGGAGGAGGAGAGACUAAGGGAAACUACUUAAGACGGUGAGAACUGAAGAGUGAGUGAGCACACGGUGUAAGCACACAGACUGGGAACGAGGAAAACACUCCAACAAUCCAUCAGCAUCAAACAGAGAUGACGUCACUGUGCAGGAACCUUCUUUUUUUUCUGUUUGCCUCGCCACUCCUUCACUCCCACCUCUUCACUCAUUCUGCCACCACUUCCUCUCCCAGUACUCGUCCUCGCAUCAGAUUCAUUAAUAGCUUGGGCUCGGAUGAUGACUAUGAGGAUGAUUACAAUGACGAUGACAACAGCUCUCUUUCUGAAGUCCCGUCCACAGUGAAGAUUGCAGUUCUCAAUACGAAACCCCAGUUCUGCAAGAUCAAUUCCUGCCUGGAGGAUCAGGAACCGUGUUACCAACUUUCGGAGAAGACCGGGUGCCUCUGUCCUGGGAUCAGUGGGGCAGAUGAGCCUCCUCACCCACCAGUCAUCCAGACAGUGCUGCCAGUCAGUAAUGGAGCUAACAGCGGGAAGAUAGAGGUGCAGUGGUGUGCUCCAUCUUCUGUGGUGUCUGGGUAUAGAGUGUUGGUUGAGGGAGGUGAAGGCGAUGCUUUGGAGUUUGGAGAUGCUCUACGACGAGGGUUGGUGGGAUCCUUGGAAGUUGGGACCAGGGUGUGUGUGGAGGCGAUGAACAGUGCAGGACACAGCAGCCCCUCAGAAUUCUCCUGCACCCGGUAUAACCCUCCUAAAAACUCUGGUCAUAACCUGCUGGUCUGGAUCCUAGGUGGAGGAGUCGCCCUGCUUCUACUUAUCAUCAUAACUGCUGUGAUCCUAUGGAAACAGAAAAUAUGUCAAAAGAGGAAGAGAGACUCUGCUGAUGGACUAGGAAACCCUUCUUACAGCAAAGAGGGAACUCUGUAAUCCGGAAAAGUGCAGCAGGGACCACCAUCCCAGUUAUAAGAGAUAGAGUUGAAACGCUGGUGUGAUUAUGAACAAAAGCCAAUCACUGGGAUAACGCGCACAAUAAUAAAUAAUAACAGUUUAUCAAGCUAUUUGGGGAUUAUAACUGCAGGGUCGUUUGCUGGCAAAUUAACCUCUGUAGAUUUACUUUAGAUUUAAAUUUUAUUGUAAAUACAUUUUUAGGCAAUAGCUAUUGAUUAAAACGUUUGUAAUGAACUAAAUCUUAUUUUAAUAAAAAACUGUUUGAAAUGUUUUGAUUGAAUUUUUGAUUCAAAAGGUUUUUGCACUGGCCUAUAGUUCAUGACUUACAGAUUGGUAAUAGUAAUGAUAUUGAUAGCAUAUAUUUAGUUUUUAAGA